GGUCAUCCAGUCACGGAUAAAUAACAGAAGGUCCACGUCGUUGAGUAACAAGCCUCUAAAUGGUUUUCAUCCUGCACUGUGUCUCUGUCUGCGGCUUCGUGUUGUGCUUGAGUCCAGACUGAGCCGGCAUCACUCCUGUGACAGCCACCCGUCGACCAGCAGUCCGGUCUCCCAGCUCUUCUCAUUGAUCUAUUUAUUUUAUUCUAUUCUUUAACAUCGUAGGAGAUAGGUGGAAAAUGGGCAAAGACUAUUAUAAGACGUUGGGUAUCUCUAAAGGAGCCACAGACGAGGAUAUUAAGAAAGCUUACAGAAAGCAAGCGUUGAAAUGGCACCCCGACAAAAACAAGUCUGCAGCCGCUGAGGAUAAAUUUAAGGAAAUUGCCGAGGCAUAUGAAGUCCUCAGUGAUUCGAAGAAAAGAGAAGUUUAUGAUCAGUAUGGAGAAGAAGGUCUCAAGGGAGGAAGCGUUCCCACUGGUGACGGGCCAGGCAACAACUUCACCUACACCUUCCACGGGGACCCUCACGCCACCUUCGCCACUUUCUUCGGGGCUUCGAACCCUUUCGAGAUGUUCUUCGGGCGUAAAGCCAACGGCCGAGACGACGACGACAUGGAGGUGGACGGAAACGACCCCUUCGGCUCCUUCACCAACUUCAACAUGAACGGAUUCCCUCGGGACGGGCACGUCGGCCCCGGAGGGCCGCAGCGCCGGAAGCAGGACCCGGCCAUCAUCCACGAACUGAGGGUCUCCCUGGAGGAGGUCUUCCACGGCUGCACCAAGAGGUUGAAGAUCUCUCGUAAAAGGCUAAAUCCUGAUGCCAGGACCAUGCGCAAUGAGGAUAAGAUACUCACUAUCGAGAUCAAGCGGGGCUGGAAAGAAGGAACCAAGAUCACAUUCCCGCGGGAGGGAGACGAGUCUCCCAAUACCAUUCCUGCGGACAUUGUAUUCGUCAUCAAGGACAAGCCACACCCUCAGUUUAGGCGGGAGGGCUCGAACAUUGUGUAUCCUGUACGCGUGAGCCUACGACAGUCGUUGUGUGGAUGCUCGGUUACCGUGUCAACGAUAGACGGGCAGACGUGCAACAUGAAGAUCACGGAUGUCAUCAAGCCUGGCAUGAGAAAGACUGUCGCAGGACAGGGUCUCCCCUUACCCAAAAACCCAGAGCAGAGAGGGGACCUGGUGGUGGAGUUUGACGUUAACUUUCCUGAGGUGUUGCCCGGCAACGCCAAGGAAGUCCUGAAACGGCAUUUACCUGCUUAGGACGAAGGACACGGACUGAGCGAGGACGAAGGACACGGAUUGAACGAGGACGAAGGACACGGACUGAACUAGGGGAGUUAAUCGCAUGAUAGCGCCCGCCCUCGUUACCAAACACGCUCACACCAACAUACACACACAAGGACGGAUCUGACACUUCACAGAUGGACCCCUAGGACGAAUGUGCACUUUCUAUUUUUGAGCUAUGUGGUGUUUUUAUAGAAACACUGUGCAUGCUGCCAAGGUGAUAGACGUGCAAGACUGUUUGGAGGCUGUCUUAAGAUGUUUGCACAGUUUGUUCAAGAGGAAAGUGGUUGAAUUAACUGAAUCGUUAUUUUAGAAACGUACAUGUAAAGAUACUGAACUUGAAUUUUAAAAUAAAUAUUUCCACAUGAAGUGAUCUCGAGCUGUUUCAGUUAUGGGGAGGCAUGUGCUGAAUCCUUCUCCAUUGAAUAUACAGUGCAUUAACAAUAAUGCCAGCCUCUGCCUAUUUAUAGUCAGUGAACAUUCUGCAUAAAGCAAUAGUGCACAAAGAGAGCACCAGGAAAUGGUUCCUCAGCUUGAUAUAUUAGGAGUCAAAUGUGAAUAUUUUCUUGUUGUAAAACUUAUUCAGUAAUUUCUCUGAUGUUGGUUGGAUGUAAUGCUUACGAAUGGAAAAACUAUGAGUGUGUAUAUAUAGCUGGCUGGUCUCAGCUGCUGGCUGUCAGCUGCCAACACAGAGGCCUUCCCAGUGUACAUGUUCCCACCAGGGGACGCCACAUCACUCGUCAUGGCGGCUCCUAGCUCAGGGGCCACAAAGGGCCACUUAGCUGCUGACAUCUGUGGUUCGUGAGUUUGAAACUCAAAGCCAAAUACAAGCUGCUAUUGCAUAACUGUGAGAUUACAUACAUCUGUGCAUUUAAUAUCCCUAAUAUGUAUCAGAUUUGUUUGCAUAUAUCUGUAACUUGUUUAAAAAAAAUUCAGAUUAUCUUGGA